AUGCAGUACCAAAAUUCUAACAUUGUUGAAAUUUUCAUUUUGGGCUUUCAAAAUUCAGAAAGUUGGAAUACUCUUUGCUUUCUACUCCUAUUGGUCCUCUUCUGUGUGACCUUAUGUGGGAACCUCAUGAUCAUCGUUGUGGUGUCCUACAGCCGAUCCCUCCACUCCCCCAUGUACUUCUUCCUCACACAACUCUCUGCUUUAGACAUUGUGCUCUCCACCACCAUUGUGCCCAACAUGCUCCACAUUGUGUUGAAUGAAGGAAGCGUUAUGUCCUUUCUUGGCUGUUUGACCCAAUUUUAUUUCUUUACGGCCUCUGAAUCUUUAGAAUGUCUUCUUCUGACGGUGAUGUCCUAUGACCGGUAUCAGGCCAUCUGUAACCCUCUACAUUACAACUCAGUCAUGGACCUUACAUUUUGUAUAAAAGCAGUUCUUUUGUGUUGGGGGAUGAUGUUUGCUAUUGUUUUGAUUCUCUCAAUAACAAUGACCCAUUUGUGGUUCUGUGGACCCAACAUCAUUGACCAUUUCUUCUGUGAUUUUGACCCUAUAGUGGAACUUUCCUGCUCAGACAGUUUUUUCAUAGAAAUAGAAGGCACAAUACUGGCCAUACCGUUAGUACUUUGUCCAUUUCUUGUCAUUAUGAUUUCCUAUGUGUACAUAAUCUUCACCAUACUGAAGAUACCCUCUGAGACUGGGAGGCAAAAGACCUUCUCUACCUGCAGUUCCCACCUGGCUGUUGUAUCCAUAUAUUAUGGAUCAAUUAUUAGUAUCUAUUUAUUUCCAAGUAUAAAAGGAGCAAAAAAAAUUAUCUCCCUAUUCUACACGGUUGUCACUCCUCUACUUAAUCCUAUGAUAUACAGUCUAAAUAACAGAGAGAUUAAGAAAGCGUUUAGAAAACUAAUGGGAAACUCGUCUUCUGCCAUUUAUAUAAGUUGGUUCAUUGAUCGUUCUUCAUUGCCUAAAAACGACAAUACCCAUUAG